GCGCACAUCGCUUAUAUCGCAUCGCAUCUAGCGCGAAUUUGUARUUGUAACGUGCUGUGGCUGUUUUAAAUUGCACCAUAAGUUAAGAUUGCUCAGUGGUUUGUAACGGUGUGCUUUCGUUAGCAAACAACRAAACUUACAAAAAUACAAAUUUGASAACACAAAAACUCAUUGAAAAUAUUUGUAUAGCUGYUAUGUGUGUAUGACUUUAAAAUCAAGCUAAAAUGGAUAGAACAAUGUAUGGAAAAUUUGAUCCCGGUGCACGGCAGCCUUAUCGUACGAUACGAGCGAAAGGAAUACAACCCGGAUACGCACUCCUCGCUGAUCUGCAGAGCAGCGUGCCCGGCAGUCGUCCACCACAGUACAGUACCUCAAAUAUUAAUUAUGGCGAUAGCUCAGGUUAUGGCAGUUUGCGUGGUAAAGCAGCGCCGCCACCGGUAGUGCAUCAAGAACACUACAGCGUUACCGAAACAAGAACAGCGCCAUCACCAACUCGAAGUGUUGGCGGCUACAAUGGUUUGGGCAGUAGCAUCGGGUCGUCACCCGUGGGGCAGUCAUAUAAUUAUCAAAAUCAGGGAACACUUGGACGAACAGGCGGCACUUACAAUGGUUCUCCCGUGCAACAAAACUCGAAAAAUCUAUCUGAACUGGACUCGCUUUUGGAAGAUUUAAGUAAUGCCAGAUAUAAUAGUAAUUAUGAAAAGAAAGAAAACAUAGUGCCAACGAGUUACAACUCAAACUCUAAGUAUAAUACCUACAAUUCCAGCGAUGAGCGGCCAACAAUUGAUAGCCUCCUUAGUGAAAUGGAUAACGCCUCAAACUAUGCUGUACCUAACGGUAACCUUACCAAGUCGCCGACGCCUGGACGACAUGUUAGCAUUACAGUUCGUGAGACCAAAACUGAGACACUUGCGCCGGAAGGCCCUGUUGGCAUUGUUGAGAAGGAAAUUGUACAGAAUGACAUUUAUUUGCMAAAUCAAGCGCCGCCAUCGGGUUACGCAUCGUCAGCAACUAAAGAGUUGGAUGAUUUAAUGGCAUCGCUGUCUGAUUUUAAGGUUAAUAACGGUUCGAACCAUCACCACCAGACAGUUACCGAUUACGCUAAGCCGAAUAAAGGCGUGUCACAUUUAACGCAAACUAUCACCGAGACCACCACUUCUACCCUUGUAGAAGAUAACGAACCAGAUCAGUUGGAUUCUAUGCUUGGUAGUUUACAAGCCAAUAUGAGUCGUCAAGGAGUCAAUACCGUGCAAAAGGGAUGCUGCAAUGCUUGCGAAAAGCCAAUUGUAGGCCAAGUGAUCACAGCCUUGGGCAAGACCUGGCAUCCAGAGCACUUCACAUGUAACCACUGCAACCAGGAGUUGGGCACACGCAACUUCUUUGAACGCGAUGGCUUCCCAUACUGUGAGCCGGACUACCACAACUUGUUCAGUCCACGUUGCGCUUACUGCAAUGGCGCUAUUUUAGAUAAAUGCGUAACAGCUUUGGAUAAGACAUGGCAUACGGAGCACUUCUUCUGCGCACAGUGCGGACAGCAAUUUGGCGAGGACGGUUUCCAUGAACGCGAUGGCAAACCCUAUUGCCGCAACGAUUACUUCGAAAUGUUCGCGCCCAAAUGCAAUGGUUGCAAUCGUGCUAUUAUGGAAAACUAUAUCUCGGCGCUGAACUCUCAAUGGCAUCCUGACUGCUUCGUAUGCCGGGAUUGCAAGAAAGCGGUGAGAGGAAAAUCAUUCUACGCCAUGGAAGGCAAACCCGUCUGUCCAUCAUGCGUGGGUGUUGAUGAGGAAGAAUAAACCGAUAUACAAUUUGAUUUUAUGGAGAAUUAAAAUUUUCCAAAUUUGUAGAAACGGUUUUUCGAAAAGUUUUGUUUGCUUUUUUUUGUUUUUUUUUUGUUAAUUUCAAAACGUUUCAUUAAUUUUGAGUCUAUUUGAUACUUUGCAAAAACAAAAUUGAAUCAGCUACAUAUAAAGCUAUGCGAUAAUAUAUAUACAUACAUACAUACAUACAUACAUACUUUAGAAUGUAUGGAUGCUUAUUAUAUUUAGUCAGUGCGUGGCGGGUGCAAAAGUUGAAAGCAAAAACAAAAACAGCAGCCAGCAUGCGUUUCGGUCGAUCGUUUUGGGAAAAUAGAGUUUCUAUUUUUGCUGAUAUUUUACGCAAGUACAGCAAUGCGGUUGAACACGCACACUUACACACAUAUAUAUACACAAAAAACACCUAUACACAAAUCGAAAUUACACAAACACACGAAAACAUCCACACACACCAACAUACAACCGUUAAGUGUUCCAUUGAAAAGUAUUGCAGAAAAAACAGAAACUAAUUGGAUUUCGAUUGAUUCUUCCUCAUCAUAAAAGAUAUACGAUCGCCACCGUUCAUGCUGCUACAAUAAGUUGAUAUAUAUACCUGAUCUUGCUGUUGAAACCCCGUGCUACCCGCAGGCGUGGCAGUGCGUACGCAUGAACUCAUUAACCAUUGGUACGUGCACCAAAUGGCAGAGUGAAUGUGUCCCUGCUCAUGCCUCAUGGCCUUAUGUUGUCCCUGAACUUUUGAAAUUUCUGCAUAGUUAACAGCUGUGCCACCGUGCCUC